AUGUCCUCCUAUGGGCAACUGCUCAGUGCCCGCUGUGCUUCGCCUUGCGAGGUGACGUGUGGUCAGCCCUACGUUGAUGCCUGCAGCGAGCCCUGUGUCACCGCUUGCGGAGAUUCCCGAGCCAUCGUCUACGCCCCACCUGUGGUCGUGACAUUCCCGGGGCCCAUCAUCAGCUCCUGCCCUACGGAGAGCAUCGUUGGGUCGUCCAUCCCUGAAAUCGGCGGGGGAAUGGGAUCUGGAGGGGGUGGGAUGGGGUCUGGAGGUGGAGGGAUGGGAUCUGGAGGAGGUGGGAUGGGAUCUGGAGGGGGAGGAAUGGGCUCCUGCGGGGGAGGAAUGGGCUCCUCCUGUGGGGGAGGUGGCUCCUACGGGAUGGGCUCGGGCAGCUCCUGCGGGGGUGGGAUGUCCCGGCUGGGGAGCCUCUACCGCGGCUCCUAUUUCUCAGGCUACGGUAGGAAUUAUUAUCCCUAUUUUUCCCGAGGGUACUACAGGUAUCGCUACGGGAACUACGGGCCUUUUUAA